AUGUCGAAGUCUUGGUAUAUGCACGACUUGCUUCGCCUAUCUCCUUUCGAUAAGAGCUCUGGAACCGGGGCCAGACAAGAUAUCAGCAUCUAUUCGUGCUACAGUCGCAGCUGCCGGCCAGUCGAGAAGCGAUAUCAGGCCUAUCGGACUGAACAAGUGCAAUCCGAGGACAAGAAGGUGUCAAACAUCGAGAUGGCAACGCUCGAAAAGCACAAUUCCGUUGAGGCCGGCGAGAUUUCAGACAUCAGCGAGGAAGAUAUCGUUGCUGCUGAGGGCAAAUAUACCGAAGAGCAAUACAAGCAACUUCGAAGAAAGAUCGACCGAUACCUGCUGCCGCUCAUGUGGCUAUGCUAUGGUAUACAGCAGACCGACAAGACUGCUCUAGGCACACAAGCAACGUUCGGGCUCAGAGAAGAUACCGGACUUGUCGGACAACAAUACUCCUGGUUGACUACUGUCUUUUAUUUGGUCUACAUGAUCUUCGAGUUUCCAUCCAAUAUUGUUCUGCAACGUCACAAGAUGGGCAAAAAAUUUUCUUCUCAAAACUUCACACACCUCGUCGUCCUACGCGCACUGCAGGGUCUCUUUGAAUGCUGCAUCUCACCAGGCUUCAUCUUGGUUGUCGGCAGUUGGUACAAGGCCAGAGACCAUGCUUCAAGGUCUCUCGUCUUUCAAUCUGCGAACGCUGGCUUCGGCAUCAUCUCGAGCUUAGCUUUGUACGGCAUCGGUAAGCGUGGUUCCCAGGAUCCUGACUCCGAGCCUUGGAGAUGGAUGAGCUACUUCCUCGGCGCAAUGACCAUCCUUGUCAAGUGGCUCACACCCAAGGAAAACCGCAUGGCCAAUGCACGUAUCGUCAGCAAUAAUACUGGACACGACCGCACUGGCGUGAAGAAGUGGCAGUGGUAUCAAGUCAGAGAAUGCUUGAUUGACCCAUGUUUCUGGUUCGCAGGCAUAAAUUCUUUCCUCUCGUCACUACCGAACGGUGGGUUGACGACCUUCGCGCACAUCAUCAACACAUCCUUCGGCUUCACCAAUCUCCAGGUAAUCCUUCUCGACAUCCCACGCAGCGCCUUUUCGAUAUUGUACUUCGUCGCAAUCGGCUUUAUCACCAGCAAACGCUCCGGCCUGCGCCUGUACUUCAUGAUCGUCUCCACUAUUCCACCUUUCGUUGGCUUCCUCGGCAUGGCGUUCAUCCCCAACAACCCAUCCAUGGAGUGGACGAAAUGGGGUAUGUACUUCAUGACCGUACCCUACGCCAUCUCCCUCUUCCUCGCAUGGUCUCUGGUCCCCUCAAACACCGCUGGUCGCACUAAACGUACUUUCACCUCUUCGUUUACCUUUGUGGGAUAUUGUGUUGGCAAUAUGGCCGGAUCGCAAAUCUUCAAGGCUAAGGAUGCACCUUACUAUGUUCCUGAUGUUGUUGGCUGUGCUAUUUGCUUUGGCCUUGAAUUUGCGGUGUUGGUUGCAUGGAGGAUCAUUCUGGUGCUGAGGAACAGAGGGUUGGAUAAGAUUAUUGCUAAUGAUGGGUUGAUGGAGGAGGAAAGAGCUUUGAGAGCGAAGAAGAUGGGAGAGGAGGAUAAGACCGAUUUCAAGAACCCUUACUUCCGUUAUACGUUGUAG